CAACAUUUCAGUCAGUCUUCGGUUGCCAGCGUAUUCGGUAGUUCGGUUGUCGUGGCGUUUAAGUAGUGAGUUUUUUUGAGCAACCUUCAAAAGAGGAGGAAGAGAUUAGCUACAUAUUUGCAUUCGUUCAGCGUUCCUGAAUCACACGAUCCCUUGAGCGUACCAGCGUAAGAAGGAAACCACAACCAUGGGUUCGCUGUUCCGCAGCGAAGAGAUGACCUUGUGUCAGCUCUUCCUUCAGAGUGAAGCUGCGUACGCUUGCGUUUCGGAGCUGGGAGAACUUGGGCUGGUCCAGUUUCGAGAUCUCAAUCCGGACGUGAACGCUUUCCAGCGUAAAUUCGUUAACGAGGUGCGUCGCUGUGACGAGAUGGAACGCAAGUUACGCUAUCUGGAGAAGGAAAUCAAGAAGGACGGCAUCCCGAUGCUGGAUACUGGCGAGAGCCCGGAAGCUCCUCAGCCGAGGGAAAUGAUUGAUCUCGAGGCGACUUUUGAAAAGUUGGAGAACGAACUACGUGAGGUUAACCAAAAUGCCGAAGCUCUCAAGCGUAACUUUUUGGAGCUGACCGAGCUGAAGCACAUUCUGCGUAAGACGCAAGUUUUCUUCGACGAGGCAGCGCCCGCAAUCGGUGUACCUAAUAAGUCACGAACCCGCUAUCAACAGAUGGCGGAUUCGCACAGGGAAGAGGAACAGGUUAACCUACUCGGUGAGGAGGGCAUUCGAGCUGGUGGUGCCGGGGCACAGGGACAAAACCUAAAACUAGGCUUUGUAGCCGGUGUUAUCCUACGCGAACGUUUGCCGGCUUUUGAGCGGAUGCUAUGGCGUGCCUGUCGUGGCAACGUGUUUCUUCGCCAGGCCAUGAUUGAAUCGCCGCUGGAGGACCCAUCAAGUGGCGACAAGGUCUACAAGUCGGUGUUCAUCAUCUUCUUCCAAGGUGACCAGCUGAAGACGCGCGUCAAGAAGAUCUGCGAAGGGUUCCGUGCAACGUUGUACCCGUGCCCGGAGGCUCCGACCGACCGACGCGAAAUGGCGAUGGGUGUCAUGACUCGCAUAGAAGACCUGAACACGGUUCUGGGUCAAACGCAGGAUCAUCGUCACCGAGUACUGGUUGCGGCUGCUAAAAAUCUAAAGAAUUGGUUCGUCAAGGUGCGCAAGAUUAAAGCCAUCUAUCAUACGUUGAAUCUGUUCAAUCUGGAUGUGACCCAGAAGUGUUUGAUUGCCGAGUGCUGGGUUCCAUUGCUGGACAUGGAAACUAUCCAGAUUGCACUCCGUCGAGGUACGGAACGUUCUGGUUCGUCCGUUCCGCCGAUUUUGAACCGUAUGGAAACGUUUGAAGAUCCGCCGACUUACAAUCGCACAAACAAGUUUACAAACGCGUUUCAAGCUUUGAUCAAUGCCUACGGUGUCGCCAGUUAUCGGGAAAUGAAUCCGGCACCAUACACAAUUAUCACUUUCCCAUUCUUGUUCGCUGUCAUGUUUGGUGAUUUGGGACACGGCGCGAUUAUGGCUCUCUUCGGUUUGUGGAUGGUGCUAAAGGAGAAACCUCUCGCGGCUAAGAAAACCGACAACGAAAUUUGGAACAUCUUUUUCGGCGGACGUUAUAUCAUUUUCUUGAUGGGCUGCUUUUCAAUGUACACGGGAUUCGUGUAUAACGAUAUUUUCUCCAAAUCAUUAAACGUGUUUGGUUCGGCUUGGAGCAUCAACUACAACACUUCUACCGUGAUGUCCAACAAGGCACUGCAAUUGAAUCCGGGCACUAAAGAUUACUCCGGUACUCCGUAUCCCAUCGGUUUGGAUCCGGUCUGGCAGGUUUCAGACAACAAAAUCAUUUUCCUCAAUGCGUACAAGAUGAAAAUCUCCAUCAUUUUCGGCGUUAUUCACAUGCUGUUUGGUGUUUUCGUUGGACUGUUCAAUCACCGUUACUUCAAAAACAAGUUGGCUAUCUACUGCGAGUUCAUUCCACAAGUUAUCUUCCUGGUAUUUUUGUUCUUCUACAUGACAUUGCUGAUGUUUAUGAAAUGGGUUAAAUUUUCGGCUGAUAGUGAGAAAGUGAAAUUCUCGGCCGGCUGUGCCCCAUCCAUUUUGAUUACCUUUAUCAACAUGGUAUUGUUUAAACCCCCGAACGAUGCAGGUGAAUGCAGUCCGUAUAUGUAUGCUGGUCAGGCAGGACUGCAGAAGUUUCUGGUCGUCAUUGCACUGAUGUGCGUGCCAUGGAUGCUGCUGGCUAAACCGAUUAUGAUUAUGCGCAGUCGCAAAGAAGCCGCGCAUCAACCGAUAGCUCCCUACAGCAACGAGAAUGGUGAUGCCGAAGGUGGUCUCAAUCAGCACAAUGCUGUUCAGGCCGGGGGAGCUCAACCGGCUGCAGGUGCUGGUCAUGCUCAUGAGAACGAGGAAAUGUCCGAGAUCUUCAUUCAUCAGGGUAUUCACACUAUCGAGUAUGUUCUUGGAUCUGUUUCCCAUACGGCCUCAUAUCUGCGUCUGUGGGCCCUGUCGCUAGCUCAUGCUCAGCUUGCUGAGGUAUUGUGGAACAUGGUGCUGAAGAACGGUCUUCAACAAGGCGGCUGGAUUGGUGGAAUUGCUCUCUGGGCUAUCUUUGGCGUCUGGGCUGUGCUGACCGUCGGAAUUCUGGUACUUAUGGAAGGAUUAUCAGCAUUCCUCCACACUCUUCGUUUGCACUGGGUUGAGUUCCAGAGCAAGUUUUACGCCGGCCUUGGUUACGCGUUCCAACCAUUCUCGUUUGAGCAAAUUUUGGAAUCUAGCUCCAGCUCUACGGAAGAGUAAACUUGAAACAAAUUAUGAAUGAUUGUAUUAAUUGACUCAUGGAUACUGCAACUCGAAAUAAUAACAAAUAAUAUGAUAAUGUAUUUAUGUGGUGUAGUACGUUCAAAUAUUCAAAUCUAUAGCUAUAAAUAUUACCUGUUAUCGUGACGUAACUAAAUGUGAAAUUCGAAACAUUGUUAUAUGUAUAUCAACAUUUCUCCAUAGCUUCGAUUGUUCCGACGUUAUAUAAUAAAACUAACAUUACAUUCAUGCAUACAAUUAGUAGCACAUUUGACGUACUAUGGUAGAUAAAUAGAAGCAAAAUAAAUGUAGUUUAGCACUUAGCAGCACAACAAAA